GGUGCGUGUCUGCUUCCCACCAUCAUGUCGACUGGGCUACUCAGUCGUGGCCUUGACCUGGUCAAGGGUCUGCUGUUUGACAGACGCUACUUUGCUGUCCUUGCUUUUCUUGCUCUUCUCGGCGAUGCUGUCCUUACCCAGCUUAUUAUACGCUUCGUUCCUUACACCGAGAUUGACUGGGACACCUACAUGAGGCAGGUCAAGAUAUACAUCGAAGGGGAGCGAGACUACACCAAAAUCAGUGGACCUACCGGCCCUCUUGUAUACCCUGCCGGCCAUGUAUAUAUGCAUGAGUGGCUUUACUCGGUUACAGAUGCUGGCCGAAACAUGUUCCUUGCUCAGCAACUAUACGGCUUGCUGUAUGUGGUGUCGCAGAGCCUAACCUGUGCCAUAUACUACCGCGCUGGAGCACCCAAUUGGCUUGUCGUGUUGCUUCCUCUGAGCAAGCGCUUGCACUCGAUAUACGUGCUGCGCCUGUUCAACGACUGUUGGGCCGUUGUAGCCGCGCAAGCAGCCAUUUUGGCGUAUCAGUACAAUGCCGACCUACUGGGUACCAUACUCUUGAGCGUUGGAAUUACCGUCAAGAUGUCUAUCGUGCUCUACGUACCUGGCCUUCUCGUGCUGCUUUUCAAACGACGCGGCUUGCUGUCCACCCUCGGGCACCUUGUCGUGGCAGCCGUCGUACAAAUUUCUCUCGGUCUACCGUUCCUCAAGGAGUACCCUAGAGAAUACCUCAGCUCGGCCUUCGAUCUAUCCCGCGUCUUCCUCUACAAAUGGACGGUCAACUGGCGCUUCGUGUCCGAAGAGACUUUCCUUAGCCCGCUCUAUGCAAAGGCGCUGCUCGUCGGACACGUCUCGGCCCUAGUUGCGUUCGGUAUCUCCCGCUGGUGUCGCGCAGACGGUGGUUUACUUCGUGUCCUCGAGAGAGGCUUCCGACGCCCAAGCCUUCCCGCUGCUAUUUCGCCUGUUGAUGCAAGACAAACGGCCCUCCUCCUCUUCACCUCAAACCUCAUCGGAAUCACCUUCGCGCGAUCGCUUCACUACCAGUUUUACUCUUGGUAUGCUCAGCAGAUACCCUUCCUGGCGUGGAUAGUUCGGCUUCCGCUUCCGCUCAAAUUCGCUAUUCCCCUCGCCAUCGAAUAUGCGUGGAACGUAUUCCCAUCCACGGUCGCAUCGUCGGCAAUACUGCUCGGCGCGCACCUGUGCUUGCUGCUUGGCAUCUGGUCUUGCGCGGACGACAGUGCACCGCUUGCUCAGAAGGGAGCUACACAUACACAGUGAUUGUUGCUAUUGUACAGGAUGGAGGUCGUAGACUGCAGGGGACGAGAACUCUUCCGCCCCACGCCCCUAAUAUACAUACCGGAAGCUAUACCAAGCAUUAGCGUCAACAACGUGAUAGCACAACUCGAAACUCACUUCAAGUUCUCGAAAUCCGUCAAAUCCGCGAAGGCCGUGGCAUUGAUGUCCACAUUCGCCCCACGCGCCCCGUCGACCUCCU